GGCACGUGGGUGGUGGUUGUUACAAAGUUACACCCUAUAGUGGCCAGAAUGGGAAAUUUGUCAAAAUAUCCAUCUAAAAAGGAAAGUAUCAAAGUUAUCAGAUGUAUUUUAGUAUGUAGUGGCUGGCAUACGUUGUUGAUCGUCGAAUGUUGAGUAUAAACACCCGAACGCAUUUUUUGUGGGAGGAAACCUCCUGUACGCAUGAUGUUGCAUUCACCAAACAACAUACCAUCCAAAAUGUGACGUUGUACUGUACGCUAGCAUUUGGCGUAGUCUUCUACGCACGAUAGUAGCUUUCACUCAAAUUACAUUUAAAUGGCUACACUGUACAGCACUGUAUAUCUGUGCUCAAAAUGUACGAAUAGUAACAUUGUUUCCAUGUACUUUGUAACAAACCGCGCUUGAGUCGACUCUGCUUUGCAACCUCAUUGUUAUUUGUACACGAAUCUAUUUGCCCCGACGUUUUUGACACACAUUUGAAAUGAACGAGGAGGAAGACUUUUUGCAGAAAAUAAGGCUGGGGUUUGAAGAACUCUGUCGAGCUUUGAAUAUGGACGUGGAGGCGAGCAACGAAGCAUGGAGGAGUUACGAAAGCAUAAGAAAAAAAUACACAUUAGAGGGCAGUGACCUACACUGGCUGGCCUGUGCCAUUUAUGUGGCCUGUAGAACACCAGUACCAACAGUGGAUAAGGGUACUGCAGAAGGAAACUACGUCUCCCUGACCCGAAUACUCCGCUGUUCAGAACAAAGCCUCAUUGAGUUCUUCAACAAGAUAAAGAAAUGGCAGGAUAUGGCCAGUCUUCCUCAGGACUUCCGCCACAGCACGGAGAAGCUGGAGAGAAAUUUCACAGUUUCCGCCGUCAUCUUCAAGAAAUACGUCCCCAUCUUCAAAGCCAUCUUUAAGGCGCCCUCGGAUGAACCGCCCAGAGUCCACAGGAGCCGCAAACAGAGAUGCCAUCCCUGCACCGUUGCUGAAGUCUUCAACUUCUGCUGGAUUCUGUUUGUCCACGCCAAAGGAAACUUCCCUAUGAUCAGUGAUGACCUAGUGAAUUCGUACCAUCUCCUUCUGUGUGCUCUGGACCUGAUCUUCUCCAACGCCCUGCUCUGUAAUGCCAGGAAGGAGCUGCUCAACCCCAACUUCAAAGGCCUUCCUGAGGACUUCAGCAGUAAGGACUACAAGCCCACUGCAGGGCCUUACUGCUUCAUAGAGCAGCUGUGUGAACUGCAUGAUGGCCUGGUGCUGGAGGCCAAAGGGGUGAAGGAACACUUCUGGAAACCCUUCAUCAGGAGGCUCUUCCAUAAGAAGAUUCUCAAAGGGAAAGAAGAGAGCUUGACUGGCUUCUUAGAUCCUAUGAAUUUUGGAGACAGUUCUGUGUCCAUAGGCCGUGUGUAUGAGGAGCAUGUUCUGGCCACUGGAGGUCUGGAUGAUAGGAUCUUUUUGGGAGAGGGCACCCCAGGCCCCUGUCUCUGUGAGGGAGCGGAGAACCAGGACGCCUCAGCAUACAGACUCUACAACAGUCAGACUGCCUCAGUCCUGAAGGUGUCCACUUCCUUUACGGGUCGUAAUUAUGUCCAGGACAACAGUCUGUGUAUGCCGGUCUCUACUGCCAUGCAGAGUGUUGGUCGACUACACAGCCUGCUCACUGGACUGAAGCGCGGCCCCAGCCGGAGACUCACAGACUUACUGAGGUCGUGUGCCAGAGACCCCAGUGAGGUCAUCUCCACUAGGCUGAAGGACAUGUGUCAGCUCUUCUGCCAGCACUAUGAGGGCAACUGGGAAGAGAACGCAGGACUGGGGAAAGACAUCGCAGUGUACUUCUGCAUGGCAGAGGCGCUCUACUAUAAAACCCUGGAGGCCGUCAUUGACCAGGAGAAGAAGAGACUGGGCAACUUGGAUCUCUCUGGUAUUCUGGAACAGGAUGUGUUCCAGCGCUCUCUGCUGGCCUGCUGUCUGGAGAUUGUCAUCUUCUCCUACCGACCCCCAGGGGACUUCCCACGAAUCAUACACAUUUUCCAGCUCCCUGCAUACCAUUUUUAUAAGGUGAUCGAGGUGCUGGUGCGGGUGGAGCAGGGUCUGUUCAGGAAGGUGGUGAAGCAUCUGAACCAGGUGGAGGAGCAGGUUCUGGAGAGCCUGGCCUGGAGGGGGGGAUCCCCGCUGUGGGACAGCGUCAGGGGGGCCAAGAACCAACCACCCUCCUGCCAGGAGGUGAUGCCACCACAGCAUCUGGAGGAUGGGGACGGAGCCGCCCCUCUCACCCCCAGCAACCGUGGCACUGACCUGGGCGCCAACCGUGGUGGGAAAGGUGUGUCCACCUCCACCACCACCAUGUUGGACCGCUACAGCUGCCCCACCACGGGCUCGGCCAGGAGACGGCUGUUUGUGGAUGUGUCCUGCGACGCCCCCUCGGACCCCUCCACCACCAACCUCACUACCAACCUCAGGACCUCCCAGGCCAUCCCUGCUGGACAGACUGUGGUCACCAUGGCAACGGCCACAGUUACCACUAACAACGGACAGACGGUCACCAUACCUGUGCAAGGAAUAGCCAAUGAGAACGGAGGCAUCACCUUCAUCCCUGUCAAGGUAAGUGUGACGGGACAAGGUACGCUCCAGCCCCUGUCUGCCCAGUCCCUGACUGGCACUUUGACCAGCCAACCACAGACCACCACCCUGAAAAGUCCCACUCUCCAGGGCAGCCACGCCGCCGGCAAGCCAAUCGAGAAGCCGGCAGCCCAGGGCCCGUCCAAUAACGGGCCUCAGAAAAAGAGUUCCCUCUCGCUGUUCUUCCGCAAGGUGUACCACCUGGCCAGUGUGCGUCUCAGAGACAUGUGUGCCAAGCUGGACAUCUCUAGUGAGCUACGGAGGAAGAUCUGGACAUGUUUCGAGUACUCUCUGGUGCACUACACAGAGCUCAUGAUGGACCGACACCUAGACCAGCUCCUCAUGUGUGCUGUGUACGUCAUGACCAAGGUGACCAAAGAGGACAAGUCCUUCCAGAACAUCAUGAAGUGUUACCGCUCUCAGCCCCAGGCUAGCAGCAGCGUCUACAGGAGUGUGUUGAUCUCUGGGAGGAAGAGACGUCACUCAGGAAGCAGUGAGAGAAAUGGACAGAGCUCUCCUACAGAGACCAGCCAUGAGGGAAGUGGAGACAGCAGCCCCGUACCCAUGCGUUCCACCAGCACCCUACCCACCCCUCAGCCUGGCAGCACCCCAUCCACCCCCACCCUGGCCCCCUCCACCUUCCUCUCUACAUCCUCAUCCCUCCCUCCCUCCCAGCAGCAGGAUGAUGAAGGGGGAGUGGUGGUGGGGGGGAGGGUGGAGGAGCGAGGAGACCUCAUCCACUUCUACAACCGGGUCUACAUCAAACAGAUGCGCCACUUUGCCCUGCGCUACUCGCCCAGCUCAUCCUCUGCAGGGCUAGAGUCUCCUCCCCUGUGCCUGUACCCCUCCCUGAGGACCAGCUCCCCUCGCAGGGUCCUCCUGUCCCACAACCACUCCAUCUAUAUCUCCCCCCAUAAGGCUAGUGACAGCCCCCCCACCGCUACCGCACAGGACAAGAUAUUCUACUACAUCUGCAGCGGCCCAGCCAACCGCCUGGCGGAGAUCAACAGUAUGAUCCGCACCGGGGAGACGCCCACCAAGAAGCGCAGUAUGCAGCUGGAGGAGGAGCCAUCUCCCAAGAGGUUGUGUCCGGACAACCAGACAGCCCUCUUCCGCAGGCUACAAGACGUGGCCAACGAUCGUAGCUCCUCCCACUAAGGUUGAACACACCCCCUUCAGAACACACCACUGGCUGAAGUCGGGAGUCACUAUACUAGACUGCCAUGUUAGAAACAAAUAAACUGGCAACAUCAUCAAUAUCAAAAUUGAUGAGGAUACAUUUGUUUUUCAUAAAGGAUAAGAUCUUCUAGUCUAAGGUUAGGAUGAUGGUUUAAUUUCAGAGUUAGCCUAGUGGUUGGUAGUUAAACAUCAGAUUUUAGGUUACUUCCAUCUAUUCUAGCAUGGCCAGAUUGUGUCCCUUAACACCAUAUUUUUCUAUAUACACCGAGUGCACAAAAUAUUAGGAACACCUCCUAAUGUUGAGUUGCACCCCCCAUUUUGCCCUCAAAACAGUCUCAAUUCAUUGGGGCAUGGACUACAAGGUGUCGAAAGCAUUCCAAAGGGAUGCUGGCUGAUGUUGCCUCCAAUGCUCCCCACAGUUGUAUCAAGUUUGCUGGAUGUCCUUUGGAUGGUGGACCAUUCUUGAUACACACAGGAAACUUGAGAGUGAAAAUCCCGGCGGCGUUGCAGUUCUUGACACACUCAGUGGUGCGCC